UGCCGCUGCUGCUACUGCUGCCGCUGCUGCCUCUGCCUCCACUCUGCUCUAACUGGCAGGCAGAAAGUGCAACUGACGUGGGAAAGGUCUCCGCAGUGAGUGGAGUGGCUACAUAAAACAGAGUAAAGAGAGGCAAAACCCACAUCAGAAUGCAGGCGAGGUCCAGCCUUCUCAACCUCCUUCUUCUGUCUUUACUUGCUGGAUUAGAUCCUUCCAAGACUCAGAUUAGCCCCAAAGAAGGGUGGCAAGUGUACAGCUCAGCGCAGGACCCUGAUGGGCGAUGCAUUUGUACAGUGGUGGCUCCAGAACAAAACCUGUGUUCCCGGGAUGCCAAAAGCAGGCAGCUGCGCCAGCUGCUGGAAAAGGUGCAGAAUAUGUCUCAAUCUAUAGAAGUCUUAAACUUGAGAACUCAGAGAGAUUUCCAGUAUGUCUUAAAAAUGGAAACCCAAAUGAAAGGGCUGAAAGCCAAGUUUCGGCAGAUUGAAGAUGACCGGAAGACACUAAUGACCAAGCAUUUUCAGGAACUGAAGGAGAAAAUGGAUGAGCUACUGCCCCUGAUCCCAGUUUUGGAGCAGUACAAAACAGAUGCCAAGCUCAUCACACAGUUCAAGGAGGAAAUUCGGAAUCUGUCCUCAGUCCUCACUGGGAUUCAGGAGGAAAUCGGUGCCUAUGACUAUGAAGAACUGCACCAAAGGGUCCUCAGCUUGGAGACCAGGCUGCGUGACUGCAUGAAAAAGCUAACAUGUGGCAAAUUGAUGAAGAUCACAGGCCCUAUCACGGUCAAGACAUCUGGAACUCGAUUUGGUGCUUGGAUGACAGAUCCCUUAGCAUCUGAAAAGCAUAACAGAGUCUGGUAUAUGGACAGUUACACUAACAAUAAAAUAGUUCGCGAAUAUAAGUCCAUUGCUGACUUUGUCAGUGGAGCUGAAUCAAGGACAUACAACCUCCCUUUCAAGUGGGCAGGAACUAACCAUGUUGUCUACAAUGGCUCACUCUAUUUUAACAAGUAUCAGAGUAAUAUCAUCAUCAAGUACAGUUUUGAUUUAGGGAGAGUGCUAGCCCAAAGAAGCCUGGAGUAUGCUGGCUUUCACAACGUAUACCCCUACACAUGGGGUGGCUUCUCUGACAUCGACCUAAUGGCUGAUGAAAUUGGCCUGUGGGCUGUGUAUGCAACUAACCAAAAUGCAGGCAAUAUUGUCAUCAGCCAGCUUAAUCAAGAUACCUUGGAGGUGAUGAAGAGCUGGAGUACCGGAUACCCUAAGAGAAGUGCAGGGGAAUCCUUCAUGAUUUGUGGGACUCUGUAUGUCACCAACUCCCACCUCACUGGAGCCAAAGUGUAUUAUUCCUAUUCCACAAAAACUUCCACAUAUGAGUACACGGAUAUCCCCUUUCAUAACCAAUACUUUCACAUAUCCAUGCUUGACUACAAUGCAAGAGAUAGAGCUCUUUAUGCCUGGAACAAUGGCCACCAGGUCCUGUUCAAUGUCACCCUAUUCCACAUCAUUAAGACUGAAGAUGACACAUAAGCAAAAGGCAUUUCUUUUUAUCUAUCUACACUGUCAUUUACGAUAAACUCUAUAGGACCCUAUCUGUGUUUAUUUGUUUUUCCUUGAUUGAAUUGUCAUCAUUUCUCCAGAGCAAAGCUUUUUACUGUAUAUUUGGAGUUUCAAAGAGUAUUUUGUCUAAGUUAAUGUGUCAGAAAUACAUCUUAACUCCUAAAUUUACAGGGCCUAUCAUGCCCUUGUUGUGCAAAGCACUAAAAGAAGUUUAAGUUGCUUGAGUCAUAGUUUUGCAAAAGAUUAAUUAUUUGCCUUGUAUUAGAAUCAAACUAAUUGUGGCUUA